AUGACGACGACCGGCGCUAAUUAUAGGCGCGUGCCGGAGCCGGAGAAUCUGGCGGUGGCGGAGCCGUGGCCGCCGGCGAGGGAGAAGGAGAGCCGGCGCCGCCAGGUGCUGGUCGCUGUCGGCCUGAUGGCGCUCCUCGCGUUCUUCGUCCUCGGCCGGGAGAGCGCGUCGGCGGUCUGGGAGAUCUCGAGAGCCAAGCUCACCGCCAUGAACAACGGAGUUGGCGUCGCCGCCGACGAGCUCCUCGGCGGGCUGCUGGCGCCGGGGAUGGACCGCGGCUCGUGCCUGAGCCGGUACCAGUUGUUGCGGUACUUCAAGCACUUCCCCUACGCACCGUCGCCGUACCUCCUCGAGAAGCUCCGCGCCUACGAGGCUCGCCACCGGCGGUGCGCCCCCGGCACGCUGCUCUAUGCCGAGGCUGUCGAGCGGCUCAGGUCCGGCCACAGCGCCGAGGGCAUGGAGUGCCGCUACAUCGUGUGGCUCCCCUUCGACGGCCUCGGCAACCGCAUGCUCUCCAUGGCCAGCGGCUUCCUCUACGCUCUCCUCACCGGCCGCGUCCUCCUCGCCGCCAUUCCCCCGGACUCCGCCGACCUCUUCUGCGAGCCCUUCCCCGGCGCGACGUGGCUGCUCCCGCUGGAGGACUUCCCCGUCGCCGACCUGCUCCAUCUCGGGGCGAGGCCCGAGCAGUCGUACACGAGUCUCCUCGCCAAGAAGAAGAUCGUCGUGGACGUGGAUGGCAAUGCGACGGCGCCGCCCGUGCCGGCGUACGUGUAUCUGAGCCUGGGGUGGCAGAUGGUGGACCGUCCCUUCUUCUGCGGGGAGCACCAGCUCGCGCUGGCCAAGGUGAACUGGCUGAUGCUGUACAGCGACCUCUACUUCGCGCCGUCGCUGUACACGAUCACCGAGUUCCAGGACGAGCUCCGGCGGCUGUUCCCGGCCAAGGAGAGCAUGUCCCACCUCCUGCUCCGGUACUUGCUCCACCCGGGCAACCCCGUAUGGGGCCUGGUCACCAGGUACUACCACUCGUACCUGGCUCCGGCGACGCGGAGGAUCGGCGUGCAGAUCAGGAUGGCCGGCGGCGAUACCGUCCCCGCCGACGACAAGUACAACCAGAUCCUCGCGUGCUCCAGGCAAGAACACAUAUUGCCAGAAACCAACGACGGCGGCAACAAGACGGAUGGCGGUGGCAGCGAUGGCGGCUCAACAACGGCGAUCUUGAUCGCGUCUCUGUACGCCGAGUACUACGACAUGCUGAGGUCGAGGUACUACGAGCACGCGGCCGAGGGCGGCGCGUGGGUCGGCGUGUUCCAGCCGACGCACGAGGAGCGGCAGGCGACAGGGAAGCUUGUGCACAACCGGAAAGCGUUGGCCGAGAUGUACCUGCUCAGUUUCUCGGAGGAGCUGCUCACGUCCGGGCUGUCCACGUUCGGAUACGUGAGCAGCAGCCUGGCGGGGGUGCGGCCCACGAUCCUCCUCCCUGCGCAUGGACACAAGGUUCCUGCGACGCCGUGCCGGCGAGCUGUGUCCAUGGAGCCGUGCAACCUCACGCCGCCGUGGGGCGUGAAAUGCACGGCCAAGGCCGUGGAUGGGGAGGAUCUUGCCCGUCACCUCAAGGUCUGCGAGGAUUGGGGGAAAGGGCUUAAAUUGUUUGAAUAGGCGGCACUAUUGACUUAAUACCCCUCUCCUUUCAAUACCAGUUUUCAAAUUCAAAGUUGAAUAGAGUAGCAUGAGGUCUAUUGCAUCAAUCAAAUCAAAGGAAUCAAAA